CCGCACCGGUGGGCAGGCGCAUACUGGUGCCGCGCCCCGUGAUGCGCGCGUCCUCGUCCGCAGGUGCUCUGCAGCGCGAUCAGGUCGUGCGGAUGGUGCGCGCUGUGCUGGUAGACGAGAGUGCGGUGUUUUCAAGCCCCGGCCAGACACGUGUGCGUGUGGAAGCAAGCUCCGGCACGCCGUCGUAGGCUAUCUCUUCCUGCGGAUCCGAGUUUGCGUCGGACCCGUCUCGGGUACUCCCUGCACCCUCCCGCAGGAGAUGCUGAGCUGAGAGACGCCUUUCUUGGCGAGGCAGCAGCAGCGGCGGCGGCGCUUUCCUUCUUCAUCUUAGCAACAGCGGCAGCCGCCGCCGCCGCCUCCUUCUCGAGCCCGGCGGAUCUCGCUCCUCUGAGAGGCAGCAGGUAGCCGCCGGACGGAGUAACCAUGGCCAAGAACCGCAAGGAGAGGAACAGCUGGGGUGGAUUUUCAGAAAAAAGCUAUGAAUGGAGCUCGGAAGAGGAGGACUCUGGUGGGAAGGCCCAUCCAGUACAAGUGCUCAUUGUGAAGGAUGACCACUCCUUUGAGCUGGAUGAAGCUGCUCUCAACCGCAUUUUGCUGUCCAAAGCUGUCUGUGAUCGGGAAGUGGUGGCUGUAUCCGUGGCUGGGGCUUUUCGGAAGGGGAAAUCAUUCUUGAUGGACUUUAUGCUGAGAUACAUGCACAACAUGGAGUUAGUUGAUUGGAUUGGAGAUUUUAAUGAACCACUCACAGGGUUUUCUUGGAGAGGUGGAUCAGAACGGGAGACAACUGGCAUCCAGAUUUGGAGCGAAGUCUUCCUUGUGGACAAACCAGAUGGGAACAAGGUUGCUGUAUUGCUAAUGGAUACUCAGGGCACCUUCGACAGCCAGUCAACACUGCGGGAUUCAGCCACCGUCUUUGCUCUGAGCACCAUGAUCAGCUCCAUCCAGGUGUACAACUUGUCACAAAAUGUACAAGAAGAUGAUCUUCAGCACUUGCAGCUCUUCACAGAAUAUGGGAGGCUAGCCAUGGAAGAAACAUUCCUGAAGCCAUUUCAGUCUCUUAUUUUCCUUGUUCGUGACUGGAGCUUUCCCUAUGAGUUUGCUUACGGGGCUGAAGGUGGAGCCAAAUUUUUGGAAAAACGUCUCAAGGUUUCUGGAAACCAGCAUGAAGAGCUGCAGAAUGUGCGGAAGCAUAUACAUUCGUGUUUCACCAACAUCUCCUGUUUCCUUUUACCUCAUCCGGGUUUGAAAGUAGCUACAAAUCCCAAUUUUGAUGGGAAACUCAGAGAAAUAGAUGGUGAUUUCAUCAAAAACUUGAAAAUCCUGAUUCCCUGGCUAUUGAGCCCCAAGAGCCUGGAUGUCAAGGAGAUCAAUGGGAAUAAGAUCACCUGCCGAGGCCUUGUGGAAUAUUUUAAGGCCUAUAUUAAGAUCUACCAAGGAGAAGAGCUCCCUCACCCAAAAUCAAUGUUGCAGGCCACUGCGGAAGCAAACAAUCUGGCAGCUGUUGCCACUGCAAAAGAUACUUACAACAAACGAAUGGAAGAGGUUUGUGGAGGUGACAAACCUUUUCUUGCCCCCAGUGACCUUCAGAAUAAACAUCUAGAGCUCAAGGAAGAGGCAGUGCGGCAAUUCCGUGGUGUGAAAAAGAUGGGGGGUGAAGAAUUCAGCCGUCGCUACCUCCAGCAAUUGGAGGCAGAAAUUGACGAGCUCUAUGUCCAGUAUAUCAAGCACAAUGACAGCAAGAACAUCUUCCAUGCUGCUCGCACCCCAGCCACCCUGUUUGUCGUCAUCUUCAUCACUUACGUCAUUGCUGGUGUCACAGGCUUCAUUGGAUUGGACAUCAUAGCCAGUCUCUGCAAUAUGAUCAUGGGGCUAACUCUGAUCACCCUUUGCACAUGGGCAUACAUCAGAUACUCCGGGGAGUACAGGGAGCUGGGGGCUGUCAUAGAUCAAGUGGCAGCAGCACUCUGGGACCAGGGCAACACAAAUGAGGCUGAAAUUUUGAAGACAGCUGCAUAAUUUGACUGAUUGCCUCAUUUUGGAAUUCAGAUCAGAGAACAAAAACCUGCUUAAUAUGGCUCUCAGGCAUACUGCACAGCCCAUUGUUACAACCAGAUUGUAACAGCAGAACAAGUAGGAGAAGGGCCCUGUGUAUCCAUUAAAUCUGCUGCUCUUCCCAGUAAUGUUUGCUGGGAAAGGAUCCAGGCCUCUUAUGCUAGAGGAAGCAAGGUCAGCUCUCUAGAGAAUACCAUCCCUGAAAUAACUUAAAUCAUCAAUUCCUCUGGCAAAAAGCAGAGUUCUACAGCCAGUGGAAUACAUGUAGUGGAACGGAGGAAUUUGCACUGUGUUUUCAUGUUUCAAUAAAUUCUAUCAGUAAUUGAAAAGACAAGGCAUAAGCUUGAGAUAAAGUGAAAAGGAUUGGUACAUGAAGCAUGUCUGUGUAGGAGUAGUCCACGAGAAGAAUAGUUGAAAACAUUUUUCCUCUUUUUUUAUGUUUUGGUUUUCAGGCUUUGUACAAACUUUACAGCGCAGCUGCCACACACAGACAUUUGUACCAUCAUGCUUUCCCUACAGCUCAGAAGGUGGAACCCAAGGAAGGGACAGAGAAGAAGAGUAUGUAAUCCAGAUGCAAGAAAUACAUCAUUAAACAUGUUAAUCACUUCUGCAUCCAUGUAUCAGUCUCUGGUACUCCUCAAAAUGGAAGAUGGAGAAAAAUAACUCAUUCACAUGCACCAAUGGCUUAAGUGUGGCUGCUUUAAUUUGGAGAAUGCCCUGCUUGAGAGUGGAUGAAUCAGCAUGACUGUCAUUUUCUUUUUAAAAAGGAGGCAGUGACUUAAUUUUGCUGCAGACUCAGUACUCUUUUGGUUCUCUAGAAAAUGCUGUUACUUUCAAAUCUUUUUAAGAGCAUAAGAAGGCCAGAGCCAGAGGGAGUGUUCUUUCUCCUUUCACACCAGAUUUUUUUCUCACAGCUGAGCCAUGUCAUCCCAAACAGCAAGAAUGGGAUAUAGCAGCAGUGCAGUGGAUGAUCAUAUACACAACUGCUUGUGUGGGCUUCUCUGAAUCUAAGCCCCUUGAGUCAUUAAGACCACCUUAAGGCUUUCUAGAGGGGAAAAAAAUAAGACUCUUUGGAGUCAAAUUCAAAUCCUGGUAACUUCAUGGACACAUCCAUGCAGUUUGAUGAAGAGAAGUAUGCAAAUUAAUCCUUUAUGUGUACUUGGAGGAUGUUGUGAGCAAACCUCAUGAAUAAAAGUAAUGGUCUGGCUGUGAACUGUACACUUAUUUAAGUGGGGUUAUCCUAAUAUUGUCCAAUGUAAACAUAAAGGUUUUGAUAUGCACUUUUCUUCAUCCAGCUUAUUCACUUGCCUUCUCUGAAGCUGCAGAAAUUUCUUUUGCUAUGGUAUGUUAAAGAGACGGAAAAGCCUUUUUUAACAUGUCUUUGAAAAUUCCACUGUAUAUAUAUAUAUAUAUUUGUUUAGUGCAUAGUGUUCCUAGUUUUUAUUAUGUUAUUGUUGAUUAAAGGUUUGUUCCUAAGACAAUUA